AUGGUGUCUGCCGCGGCGCGACGCCGGCGGCAGUGGGCGGCCGCGCGGGCGGCUCGCGUUGCUGGCGCCGCUGGCGCCGCCGGCGCUCCCCGCGCCACGGCUGCCGCGGGCGUCGCCGGCGCUGCUGUCGCCGCGUGGGCCGCUGGCGCCGCCGGCGCCGCCGCGGCGCCUCCCGGCCUGCCCGCUAGCGCUGCGGCCCCGGCGCCUCCCGGCCUGCCCGCCGCUGCUUCGGCCGCCGGCGCUGCCGCCGCUGCGGUGGCGGCCGCCGCGGCCCACUGCUCCCCGACCGUACCUGGGCCUGAGCAGGAGCUGGAGUUGAGGGAGCCUGAGCGAGAGCUGAAGCAGGGGGAAGUGCAGCCGCGCGGAGGCGGCUCGCCGGCUACAUCUAUCGGCAAGCGUCCCGACGUCCCUUCGUGGACGCCGUGCCCUCAUCGCGGCCCCCGCCCUCUGGUGCCGAUAGCAUUGGCAGAGAAGGUCCGGCAGCGCGCGACCAGCGCUGGCGCGGUCGUGCUCUCGGACGUGGGGGGCCUCUUCCAAAUCUUUCGUCGUGGCGUUGAGGCUGCGGCCGGGCUUCGCAUCGUCUCGCAAGGGCGCUGGGACUUACUGGUGGAGCUGGCCCCGACACAGCAGCGACAGCGCAGCUUGCGCGGUGCGCCGCGGCGGGAUGGAGCGGAGGCCGACGGGUGCAGCGACAGCAGGCUUCUGGGCGACCAGUGGCAGCGUCCCAAGCUGCCGCUUCGGCCGCUGCCCCGGUGCAGCGGCUUUGCACGCUUCGGGGGGAGCGCAGCGGAGGCCGAUGGAUGCAGCGAUAGUCAUCAAAGUAUCUGCAGCGAUCAGCUGCCUGUCCACCUUUGGUAUUCCUUUGCCGAGGCCGAGGCCAAGGACGGCAUCGCCGAGGAGGCUCCCGCGGAGGCCGCGGAGCUGGCGCGGCUGAGCCUGAGGUCUCAGUCCCCCACUUGCCUGGUCUACGCCGCUGGAGACGAUGGAGGGGCGGAGACCAACGAGGACGAUGAGAAGAAGCAGCUGCGGGACGUGAUCGAGUACCUCAAGGAGAUGGGGAAGAUGGAGCCCGCCGACUACAAGGCGGUCAUGCGCCGCCUCUUCAAGACAUGGCAUCCAGACAAGGUCGGCGACACGCCGAUCGCGAAUCGCAUCUUCCACCUCCUGCGUACGCAUGAGGCUUGGUACAAGAGGAAGGCCGCCGGCGAGGCCGUCGCCGACGACAGCUGGCUGGACUCGGCAGGUCUGGACCCCAACGAAAAGCCGGAGGGCGACCUCCUCGCGAUCGAGUCUGGAGAGGCUCCGAAGGAGGCCCCGACCGACGGCCAGGGCUCGUGGUUCCACGAGUUCGAGAAGGAGAUGCUGCAGGCCAAGGAGGACCGCGACGCGGGGAAGACGGGCAGAGCCGAGGACGACGACAAGGGGCCGAGGGUCGUGAAGCCGCCCAACGCCACGGUGGGACCAGACGGCCAGGUGACCGUCCUGCAGGAGGAGAUCCAGUCCGGCCCGCCGAGGAUCGUGGACAAGCAGCUGGCACCCCGCUUCCUGAAGGAGGCCCAGCUGGAGCUGCACGCGGCGCGGCGGCUGAUGAAGGACUACCAGGACGGCUUCAGCUGCCUGCACCCGAGGGCCGCGACCUUGGGCGAGCGGCGGUGGAGAUGGCCCUCAGGUCUGCGAUGCUCAGGACCUGCGGUGUCGCGGAGGACGAGGUCGCAGGCGGAGCGGCGCACGACCUCAUCGACUUCAUCAAGAGAAUCAAGACUGCCGAGGUGA